AGGAUUUCUCGUGAAAGGCUCACAUGCCAAUAAAGCUAACUGCCACCUUCAACAUCAAUCACGUAAUUCAUUUCCAUUUUCAACCAUCUUCAACCUUUCUUAACCGAUCACUUCUCCAAGUUCCGGAAGUUUUGUCAGCUUAACACUUCACCUUUUCUUGUGUGCUUAAUUCUCACACUUCAGUUUUCUACCUUUUUACUUCCAUUUUGGUCCUUGAGCUUCUGGGGUAUUUGAGGACCUUUUCUCCUGUUCUAGCAGAAAAAAAGGAGCAAUGGAUUCUUGCCGUGUGGCCCUGAGAGCCAAUACCCAUGUGGCAAAAGCUACCAACCAAGGUUUCAAGAACGGAGAUAAUGCAUUUUGGGGAGAGAGGAUCAGAGGUAGCUUAAACAACUGUGGUGAGUUUAAUCGGUUGGCAAAAGGCUUGAAAGCUAAGAAGAGAGACAAGAAGGUCAAACCAGGUGUUGCUUUUGCUGUGAUUACGUCUAACAAUCCCAAAGAGGUUAUGACCUUAUCACCUCCAACUUCAAGGUUUAGCAGACAAAGAGCAGACCCGAAAAAUGUAGCUGCGAUCAUACUGGGAGGAGGUGCAGGGACUCAACUCUUUCCUCUUACAAAAACGGCAGCAACACCAGCUGUUCCAGUUGGGGGAUGUUAUCGGCUUAUAGACAUCCCAAUGAGUAACUGCAUCAACAGUGGAAUAAACAAGAUUUUUGUUUUGACCCAGUUCAACUCAGCUUCCCUCAAUCGGCACCUUGCACGGACAUAUUUUGGCAAUGGUGUCAGCUUUGGUGAUGGAUGUGUGGAGGUCCUGGCUGCCACUCAAACACCAGGGGAAACCGGAAAGAACUGGUUCCAAGGAACAGCUGAUGCUGUGAGGAAAUUUAUUUGGGUAUUUGAGGAUGCCAAGAACUGGAACAUUGAGAAUAUAUUGAUCUUGUCUGGGGAUCAUCUCUACCGAAUGGAUUAUAUGGAUUUUUUGCAGAGUCACAUUGACAGAAAUGCUGAUAUUACAAUAUCAUGUGUAGCAGUAGGUCAAAGCCGUGCAUCGGAUUAUGGAUUGGUCAAGAUAGACAAUAGAGGCCACAUUGUGCAGUUUGCUGAAAAACCAAGGGGUACUGAUCUGAAAGCUAUGCAAGCAGAUACCACUCUUUUAGGAUUAUCACCCCAAGAAGCGAUGAAAUCCCCAUAUAUUGCAUCCAUGGGAGUCUAUGUAUUUAGAACAGAUGUCUUGUUAAACCUUUUGAGGUGGAGAUAUCCUACAUCCAAUGACUUUGGUUCUGAGAUCAUUCCUGCAGCUGUGAUGGAGUACAAUGUCCAAGGGUACAUCUUUAGAGACUACUGGGAGGACAUUGGAACAAUAAAAUCUUUUUAUGAAGCUAACUUGGGCCUUACUGAAGAGGUUCCAAAGUUUGAAUUUUAUGACCCAAAGACUCCUUUCUACACUUCUCCUCGUUUCUUACCACCAACCAAGAUUGAUAACAGCCGGAUUAAGGACGCUAUCAUUUCACAUGGAUGCUUCUUGCGAGAAUGCAAUGUGGAACACUCCAUAGUUGGUGAACGCUCGCGUUUAGACUGUGGUGUCGAGCUGAAGGAUUCUGUGAUGAUGGGUGCUGACUACUAUCAAACUGAAUCUGAAAUUGCAUCUCUACUGGCAGAAGGGAAGGUCCCUAUUGGGAUCGGAAGGAAUACGAAAAUCAGGAACUGCAUCAUUGACAAGAAUGCAAAGAUAGGAAAAGAUGUAGUCAUUAUGAACAAAGAUGGUGUUGAGGAAGCAGACAGACCAGAAGCUGGAUUCUACAUUCGAUCAGGAAUUACAGUUAUACUCGAGAAAGCAACAAUAGAAGACGGGACAAUCAUAUAGAUGAAUCUCAACCACUCCAUGCAUGCACUGGUUUCAGAUUUAGAGAACACUGUAAACCUGUAACUUACAGUGGCUACUGAAGAAGCUAUGAAGGUUUCAUUGGCAGCAUUUUGGCCCCAGAGGAAGGAAGCUGCACAUGUAUGUGAAUUAGAAGUUGCAAUGUCCCAUGUGCAAAUUGAGUGUAGGGCACUUUGCAGAUGCCAAAAGUUGUAAAAUAAACCAGAAGACUGAUCCACAGGCUAGUUAUCUAAAUAUUGCUCUUAUCAUGGCA